GCGCUGCGCUCACACGAAGCCCUCUCGCACGCGGAUCCGCCGCCUUUCCCAUCACCGCCUCCUGGAUAACAGUCAACUCUCAACUCCAGCUCGGUCUUCCCAUUUUUGUCCCAGAUCGUUCUCACCGUGACGGACCGGAACAGCUUUGCUUUCUUUCUUUCUGUCUUUUUUUCCACACUCAGCGCACGCGGAGCGAAGAGUUUAGGAUGAGCGAACGGAAUCUAACUGCUGCUCAGUGCUGGACCGACGCUGCUUAAGGGGGACAACUUCCAGCGGAGUUCUCAAUCUUUACUUACUCUUUUUUAGCGUGCGGAAGGAAGCGUCAGUCCCGGUGAGGCGCGCGUGGUGUGAAUUGAAUCUUUCCGCGCUUUGAAGAGAGACACAGAGAGAGAGAGAGAAAGAGAGAGAGAGGGGUGCAUAGGGUUCUUGGGGGGGAAGAAACCGGCACUGUCCAUUCUGUCCAUUCUCACUGAGCCUGAUGGUGCGCGCAGAGGCUCGCGCGCACUCCCUCUGUCUCUCUGAGCGGGACUGCAGCUCUGCGCCGGGAUUCGCUGGCUGAGGUGGCGGGGGCUCCGCGCGUGCUUUAUUGGGGCGGCCAACGGUGGAAACAGGUGGAUCUGACCAAGAUGUCUGGGCUGCCUUCGAGGUUCAUCUACGUGUGUUUACAUUUUCUAGUCCUCUACUUCCAGCUACAGGAGUCUCACCAGAGUUCUGCAGACUUCCGCUUCUACAUUGAGAACCACACUCGGGACGACGUGAGUCGGAAGCAGGUGCGGAUAUACCAGCUGUACAGCCGGACCACGGGGAAGCAUGUGCAAAUUCUCGGCAAGAAGAUCAACGCCAAUGGAGACGAUGGGGGCAAGUACGCACUCCUCGUGGUUGAGACAGAGACAUUCGGAAGUCAUGUUCGAAUAAAAGGAAAAGAGAGUGGCUAUUAUAUCUGCAUGGACAAGAAUGGCAAAAUUAUCGGCAAGCUCAACGGGAGUAACCCGGAGUGUGUGUUCGUGGAGGAGUUCUUGGAAAACAACUACACAGCGUUAAUGUCUGCCAAGUUCAAAGGCUGGUACCUGGGCUUCAACCGCAAGGGCCGGCCCAAGAAAGGCUCUCGGACCACACAGACACAGCAGGAAGUGCAUUUCAUGAAGAGAGACCCCAAGGGGAAGGUGGACCCUCAGGAGGAGUUCCGUUUCACCACGGUAACGAAACGGACACGUAGGGCGCGGCGUUUAAGGCCCAACCCCAAAACGAACUGAGGUGGCACGGACUUAGCAUGCACUGUUCCUUUUUUUGCGAACAUCUCAAGCUUCUUGCCUUAAAGCAGCGUAAAGACUAUUGCGACUACGCAGCAGGAAAACGAACGAUGGCUACAGGAGAUAAAAAGCUUCAAAAAAGAAAAGAUGUUUUAUUUUUAUAUUUCAGGAGCUUUGAGUAUCUCCCUGUUGAAUGUUUCUGGGUUAUCAUUAAUGUAAUAUUGUGUCUGUUACUUUAUUUAUAUUGGAUAAACUAAGGAUGACAAAAAAGGAACUAAUGUCUCCUGCAUCGACAAGUUUACAGCAGCAGGCAUCCUGUUGAAAGGAAGAGAGAUUUGACUACACCUGAGAAAAAAAACUUCUUAUUUUCAUAUUGAGUUGCCCCUGACAACUAGGAUCCAAUAUUUUCCA